AUACCAUAUUAUCCGCAUUUGUUUUUAGUCUGCUCUUCCUGCUUUUGUAUUUACUUUCCGUAAUAAACUUGACCAAGAUGUAUAUUUCUACAUUUUUUGCUUUUUCCAUUGUUUGUCUCGCUGUGGGAGUUUCGUCGGAUUGUUUCAAAUUGCCUGGAUGUACAGACGGAGUGACACAUCAAAUAUAUGAGAAUGGUUACAGGUGGAAACCAAGAGGGCAUCCAUGUUACAGCUGCAAAUGCUACCAAUCGAGGCAAUACGUGCUUGGUUGUCAAGUCAUUGCAGAUAAAGUGAAAGUAAAAAAAUCCGAAUAUUCGGCUGCUUUUGGACAAAUAUCAUUCCUUCCUGCUGAAGAGGUCGAAAUUCGGGAAGAAGAAAUUGCCAAUAUUACAUGCGAAACCUUACCAUUGCCCGCUUAUGAUCCAGUAACUCAAGAACUGGAAUCAAUAACUUAUCAAAACGUAUAUUAUUUCUACACUUACAAAAGAACACACUGCUGUAGUAGAUUUGAUUCAUAUGAUAAUCUUCAUCCGUCAUGUAUGGCUGUGCCUGUAGGAGAAUGCAAGACCAGAAUUGUUCAAAGAGGCGAUCCUAAUAAACUCUGUGAAGAGCCCUACAACGUGUUAGGAAAGUGAACCAAUAAUAAAAACACUGUAUAAAAUAUUGCUUUUUACAUCGAUACGGUUCUUUCAGAAAGUUUUUAAAACUUCCACUACAUUUUAAAUAAUUUCCUCGUUUGUUCCUGUUUUUUUUUUUCGAUUGUUAGCCUCGUUUUGACUUUUGAUAAAAUUCAUUUUCCUAAUUAUAAUUUUGCUAUUGAUAUUUUAGAUUCAUUUAAUUAACUUCUCAUUGUAUAUAUGUUAAAUUUUGAAGAAUAAAUUAUAUAAAAU